CUUGAAGUAUUUGAGAAACGUUUACUUAAGCGAACACUACACGUGUUCUCGUAAUAUUUUCCUUAUAGAUAUAUAGAACGUUUCGUUUAAUUUCGCCGAGUACAUUAUAAAUGUUUUAAAAAUAUUUAACAUCAAAAUCACACCUUAUUAUAUCUGAUCUUAAAAAAUCUCGAGAUGGCUUUGAGAUAUUUAGGAAAGAUUACAAAUAAAUAUUUAGAAAUUAUUCUGUGCUACUAGGGUCGGUGUCAUUUGGCAAGGGCGAAGAUAUAUAUUUUUGGAAAAUAUACAGGUCGUGUCUCUAGUAGAAAUUUUGCAAGUUGAUAUCACGCGUGCUAAUCAUAGCUCGAGAAUUGCAUCAGUUCUGCAGUGCAGUUCCCUAGUGUCAUUUGCGAUUCUCGUAGCGCUCUGUCAAGCGACAUGGAAUUAUACUUCAUUUCAGUGAUUUUUGCAAUUCUGCCUUAUUGUCGGUCGGAGCUUAAAUUGUUGCAAGUGCUAUUUAGACACGGUGCUAGGACACCCGAUGAAGAAGUGCCGAAAAUGUAUUAUCUGAAGGAUCCGUACAUCAAUAUGACUUACUUUCCCGCCGGGUUUGGGGGGCUCACUAAUGCGGGGAAGAUGAUGGAGUACGAACUCGGAGAAUUUUUCCGAGAGAGAUACGGCUCUUUCUUGGGGCCAAUUUAUUCAAGCGACUUUGUCACCUUCCAAAGUAGCAACAAAGAGCGAACGAAAAUGUCGGCACAACUCGUGGCUGCUGGACUUUAUCCGCCGAGCGAGAUACAAAAGUGGCAUCCGGAUCUGCCAUGGCAGCCGAUUCCGAUCAGGUCGGAGUCCCUAAAUUCGGACCUUCUUUUCCUGGGUUUUCAAAUUUGCCCGAACGUGCAACGCAUCAGACACGAAGCAUUACACACAGACGAACAUCUAUUAGCCCAUACAAAAAAUUUGACGGAGUUCGAUCGAUUUAUGUCGAUGAAUACUGGGGUCAACGCAACAGGUGUGAAGAACGCCGUUCUUUACGAGCACCUUUACGCACAGAUGUCCCUAGGACUGGAACUGCCGGCAUGGACGAGGACCAUUUUUCCAAAUGGGAAGUUGAACGAAGUCGCAAGUUUCGAGCAUGUAAUCCAAUCCUACACGAAACCUCUAAAACGUGCCAAUGGAGGAAUGUGGGUGGAAGAAUGGCUGAAGAACAUCGACGAUCAUUUGAACGAUACUUUGAGUUUUCAGAGAAAGGCGCAUUUUUAUUGUGGACAUGAUUUGAAUAUUGCCGCUCUACUGAUAGUUCUUAAUGUUUUCCAGCUUCACAUGCCGCAAUAUGCCAGCGCAAUUAUGUUCGAACUCCACAAAGAGUCGGAUGAGUAUCUUAUCAAGACGAUUUACAAGAAUGGAGGCGACAUCGAGGAGUUAAUUAUCCCGGAAUGUGGGAAACUGAUGUGUCCAUUGAGUACUUUUCGACAACUCUAUGCAGACUUGUUGAAAGAUGAUGCUCAAAGAAUUUGUCACGGCACCCCGAUAGCGAAAAUUAACGUCCCGGAUUAGUUCCUUCUUUUACGCACUUGUUUCGUUAAUUAAUAGUUACCUACGGUGGACGUUUAGAAUUUAUUUAUAAUAGCCUAUUAACGAUAAAUAUUUCGUACUUCGAUGCGAAUUUAUUUCCAAUGGGCAGAAUAAAAUGACAAUCGUCGGGUUGAUCAAU